UGGGGCAGGGCUAGGGCAGCUCCAUAACGCUUUGCCGAAUCUGAAGCAGUUCAUAUAUGUGAUUGUGAAACAUAGAAAUUACCACUCGAUUAGACCUGGAUUUGACAUUAUGGAUCCCAAUCGGAUAAUUCAAGCCCUGAAAGGGACGAUUGAUCCCAACCUCCGGAUAGCGGCUGAAAACGAACUCAAUCAGUCGUACAAGAUCAUCAACUUCGCCCCCACUCUGCUCCAGAUCAUUGUGUCUGAACAGGUGGAGUUCCCUGUUCGACAAGCAGCGGCCAUCUACCUAAAGAACAUGGUGAGUCAGUACUGGCAGGACCGCGAGCCCUCUCUAGGGGAGGUGGUGUUCCCCUUCAACAUCCACGAGAACGACCGCACGCAGAUCAGAGACAACAUCGUGGAGGGCAUCAUCCAGUGUCCCGAGUCCAUCCGGGCCCAGUUGACAGUGUGUUUGCGAGCCAUCAUAAAGCACGACUUCCCUGGGCGCUGGACGGCCAUAGUGGAUAAGAUCGGCCUGUAUCUGCAGUCUCAGAACAGUGGCAGCUGGUACGGCAGCCUGCUGGCCCUCUACCAGCUUGUCAAGACCUACGAGUAUAAGAAGGCGGAGGAGAGGGAUCCACUGCUAGCAGCCAUGCAGAUCUUCCUGCCCCGUAUACAGCAGCUCGUCACCCAGCUACUGCCUGACGGCACCAUCUUCUCUGUCCUCAUACAGAAACAGAUCCUCAAGAUCUUCCACGCACUCGUACAGUACUCCCUGCCUCUCCAGCUGAUUAAUAACACAGUCAUUACCCAGUGGAUGGAGCUCCUCAGAGCUGUUAUGGACAGAGAUGUCCCCCCAGAGACGUUGGAAGUGGAUGAGGAUGACCGUCCUGACUUGGUGUGGUGGAAGAGUAAGAAGUGGGCCCUAUACAUCAUCACCAGACUGUUCGAGAGGUACGGAAGCCCAGGCAACGUGACAAAGGAGUACUUUGAGUUUGCAGACUUUUUCUUGAAGACGUACGCUGUAGGGAUCCAACAGGUCCUGUUGAAGGUGCUGGACCAACACCGACAGAAGCAGUAUGUCACGCCUCACGUCCUCCAGAAGUCUCUUAACUACCUGAACCAGGGCCUGUCUCACUCCCUCACCUGGAAACACAUGAAGCCACACAUGCAGACCAUCAGCCAAGAGGUGAUCUUCCCUCUAAUGUGUUACAAAGACGAGGAUGAGAAACUGUGGCAGGAGGAUCCAUACGAGUACAUCCGCAUGAAGUUCAAUGUGUAUGAUGACCAUGCCCUCCCUGCCACCGCCGCCCAGAGCCUCCUGUGUAAAGCAGCCCGCAAGAGGAAGGAGGUUCUUCCCCAGAUGAUGGAGUUCUGCCACCAGAUUAUGAUGGAGCCCUCUGCUGACCCCCGCAGGAAGGAUGGGGCGCUGCACGUCAUCGGCUCACUGGCCGAACUCCUACUGAAGAAGAGGGUGUACAGGGAGCAGAUGGAGCUGAUGUUACAGAAUUAUGUUUUCCCUCUACUCAACUCCCCUUUGGGAUACCUCCGGGCCAGGUCGUGCUGGGUGCUGCAUUCGUUCAGCCCGCUGCGUUUCCAUAACGAGUUGGUCCUGAGGAAUGCGGUGGAGCUGGUCAAACAGGGCCUCAUAGCAGACAAGGAGAUGCCCGUCAAGGUGGAGGCUGCUAUCGCCUUGCAGACACUGGUCAGCAACCAGGAGCAAGCUAAGGUCUACAUCAGGCCCUACAUCCGGCCUGUCAUGCAGGAGCUGCUCCACGUCAUCAAGGAGACGGAGAACGAUGACCUCACUAAUGUCAUUCAGAAGAUGAUCUGCGAGUACAACCAGGAAGUGGCUGUCAUCGCCGUCGACAUGACCCAGAACCUGGCUGAGAUCUUCACCAAGGUGCUACAGAGUGAAGAGUAUGAGGAGAGUGAAGACAAGACGGUGAUGGCUCUGGGGAUCCUCAGCACCAUAGACACCAUACUCACUGUUAUGGAGGACCACAAGGAGAUCACUCAGCAGUUGGAGGGCAUCUGUUUACAGGUGAUGGGCCUGGUGCUGCAGAAGCCCAUCAUAGGUAUGGCAGAGUUCUACGAGGAGAUUCUGUCCCUGGGGUUUGGGCUGACCUGCCAGACCAUCUCCCCUCAGAUGUGGCAGCUACUGGCGGUGCUCUACGAGGUCUUCCAGAACGACUGCUUUGACUACUUCACGGAUAUGAUGCCUCUUUUGCACAACUACAUUACCGUGGAUACAGACAUGCUCCUGUCCAACCCCAAAUAUUUAGAGGUCAUAUACAACAUGUGCAAAAAGGUGCUGACCAGUGAUGCAGGUGAGGAUGCAGAGUGUCACGCUGCCAAGCUGCUAGAGGUCAUCGUCCUCCAGUGUCGGGGGAGGGGCAUUGACCAGUGUAUCCCGUUGUUCGUGGAGGCUGUGUUGGAGCGGCUAACCAGAGGUGUGAAGUCCAGUGAGCUGAGGACCAUGUGUCUGCAGGUGGCCAUCGCUGCUCUCUACUACAACCCAGCCCUGCUCAUCCACACGCUGGACAACAUGCACUUCCCCCACACCCCACAGCCCAUCACCGCUCACUUCAUCAACCAGUGGAUGAAUGACACUGAGUUCUUCCUGGGGCUCCAUGACCGUAAGAUGUGUAUCAUCGGACUGAGUGUUCUGAUGGAGCUACCCUCCAGGCCAGUGGUGGUCGAAGGGGUAGCGGCUCAGAUCGUCCCCAGCGUCCUGCUCCUCUUCCUGGGGCUCCAACACCUUUACUCCUCCCGCCUCAACAAGCCAGAUCUUCUGGCCUGUCCUGGGGUACCGGAGGAAGACCAGAACGAGGAGAUCCCUAGUGAUGAGGACGAGGUGAAUGAGAACUGUAACGCCAUGAUGCAACAGCAGACUAGCACACGCGUAGGCCACGAGGACGACGACGACGAUGAGGAGGAGGAGGAUGAUGAAGACUACUGGGAUGAAGAAGGGCUGGAGAGGACACCCCUGGAGGAGUACAACACGCCUCUGGACUUUGACAAUGGAGAGGACGAGUACCAGUUCUUCACCGCUGCCCUACUCAGGGUCCAGAACACUGACCAGCCUUGGUACCAGUCUCUGACCACGCCCCUCAGUGAUGACCAGAAGAAACAGCUGCAGGAGAUCUACAGCCUGUCCCAGCAGAGGAGGAGCACCGCUGCCAAGGGCCAAUGGUGAGGCAGAAGAGAGAGCUGUAAGAGACAUGGCUGGAGGCCUGGAUGGAAGGAGGAGUAGCAGCAGAGUUCUGGCCUGAUCUGAAGUGGAUUUAAUACACAACAAGAACUGUUUCAGACCAGAUCUAUCUAGACUUUACUGAUCCCACCAAGACCGGGCCAUCUAGAACCGUAACUGAACUCUGUGGAGACCCACCAGAGACCAUAACACCAGGACUUUACACUACACACUUUACGGUUCACAUCUCAGACCGUAAUUGGACCACACCCACCCCAGAGAGAGAGUGAGAGAGAGAGUGUGUGAGAUUGAUGUCCUGCUCUGUAUCACUGACCAGCGAAUUCAUCUUCUAGUGCAGUACAGUCUUUGGGUCUAUGAUUCUGUAACUGUGUGAAUGUAAGUAUUGUACACAAAAUCUCUGUUUCUCUAUAGCCUGACUUUUGUUUGGUCUCGAGAGGACUGGGCAGAUGUCCUUGGUUGCCAUGGCAUCAAUCAGAACCAUGUGUCAGUUAGUCUGAACCAAAGCUGUGGUGCUAAUGGACGGACAGGACAGACAGGCAUGUUGGGGAGAAGGGUUAGAGGUCAGUGACCUUUAACCCACGGGGGGGUUCCUUUCACACUGAUGAAUUGUAAUAGGGGGCAAGAUGCUGGGAGGAGAGUGUUUGUUUGUCUUUGUUUUAUAUAACUGUUUUCAUUUAACUUAAUAAAAUCAUAAACGUUCAUGUAACAUCUA